AUGACCGACAACCUCGAUCUCCCCAAUCCGGAGGUCCACCUCCCGGACGGCACCACACAACAUGAAGACCAUGAACCCACCGAGAUGGACCUCAACGAGAGUUUGAGCCUCGCAGCUGCUCUCAGUGGGAUGGCACCCCAGGAGGGCGAUCAUGAUGAUGAUGUCAACAACCCUCUCGAUCCGGACACGCUGGCCAACCUGGCCGCGUUGAGUCACAUGCAGGAGGAAGACGGCAUCAACGGUGACUCUACGGGACUUGGCGAUGGCACCGGCCUGGAAGACGCGGCUGGUCUGGACAGCACUUCUGGUGUUGACGAAGCUGCGGCUGCUCUCGCCGACGCCUCUGCUCUGGCGGAUGCCUCUGCACUGGCCGAUGCUUCCGCCCUCGCUGAUGCUUCUGCCCUCGCCGACGCAUCCGCUCUCGCCGACGCUUCCGCCCUCGCCGACGCAACGAGUCUCGCCGACGCCAAGGCGCUCGAGGACGCUACAAGAGACCUCGCCGACCACGCAGCUGCCCUCGCUGACGAGGACGAUCACGACUUCUCCAGCCUCCUACUCCCUACCAUCUCCCAGAACGAGACCCUCACCCGCGAGCAAGUGCAGGAAUUCGUCGACAACCUUGGAUCCCACCACGAUGAUGUCGUGUCCUCACCUCCAACACCGCAAGACAGCGAAAUGGAGCCACCCCAAGACGACGACGAGCCCGACACUGGCGCUGAAGAUUCCGGUCAUCAAACAGACGCCGAUUACACUGGACCCAGGACGUACUACGAGAAUGGCAAGCUCAAGCGCCGGCGAAACAGGACUGUGUUGAGUUGUACCGAGUGUCACCGCCGAAAGCAACACUGUGACCGCAACAUUCCCUGCAGCCGGUGCAUCAAGCGAGGCGUCCCCAGCAUGUGCCGGAUGGAUACCCCACAUGUGCCGCAGCGCAAGAGGAAAAAGCCAAACGAUGACAUCCCCGUCAACUAUGAGCUUGGUCUCCGUGUGCAGGCAUUAGAGUCCCUCAUACGCUCUGGUUCCAACAUGGAUCCCGAGGCAGCUCAGAACGCCGCCAUGGACACUAUCAUGCACGCUACUCGUGCUGCCAACAACGGCCAGACAGAAGCCGCCAACGCCCUCGCAAGACUCACCAACGCCAGUACUGGUCUCGGUAUUGCGGGUAUGAGCCAAGAGUCGCAGAGCAGCCUCCUCUUGGACGUUCUCCAACAGCUCUCCGCCGCCAGUAUGGGUCGCCAAACAGCCUAUACCAUCAGCAGCACCCAUGACGCGCACAUUUCGUCCGAGUCGCGUACCAUGUGGUCAGCCAUACCCAUGGCCCCGACGGACAGCCAGGUGGCCAUUGACAACGCCUUCAGGCAGGACACCUCGACGUCCAAGCUCAACCUCUCCCUCCCCGGCUUCCGCGAGAACAGUGGCAAAGUCUUCCUGCCACCGACGAUGCGCCAUGCCGAGAAGCGGCUACGUGAAGAGGGCUUGCUGGCCUACGGCACACCGCCUAUCGAGGGCUAUGCACCGUUCCUCGAGUCGGGCACUCGCUUUGCCUACGGUGAAGAGGGUGUGGCGUUCAGGAAUAAGCGUAUUGCGGCGAUCCAGGUCAUGGGUGUCACCGGUGGUCUCCGCCUCUCUGCCAUGUUCCUGUCUCGCUUCCCCGCAUCUGGCGCGCGAACAGUCUACCUCCCUGUCCCCACCCCAGAGGAGGACGUUGCCGCCCUGCGCGGGGCUGGUCUUGAGAUCAAGUUUUACCGCUUCUUAAAUCAGAAGACUGGUACUGUCGACUGGGAGGGGAUGCGCGACGAUCUCUCACAGGCACCACCACGCUCGGCUGUGCUGCUGCAUGUCGGCGGAUCGAUGCCGACCGGUAUCGACCUCACAACUGCCCAGUGGCGCUUGCUCACGACUCUGGCCCUCAACCGGCAACUCAUCCCACUGGUCAUCAUAGCAUUCCAGGGUUUGUCGACUGGCGAUGCCGGUCGCGAUGCCCAGCCACUACGCUUCAUGGUCCACGAGGGGCUCCCAGUUGUGCUCAUUCAGAGCUUUGAUGCUAACACCGACGACCGCGACCGUAUCAACUCGCAACUGCGCAGCAUCGCGCGAUCAAUGUACUUUCACCCACCGCUGUGGGGUGCGCAGCUCGCCCACAUGGUGUUGUCGGACGCAAAGCUGUAUCCCUCGUGGCUCGCCGAGCUGCGUGCCAUGGCCGAUCGUCUGCGCAGUGUCCGCGAAAAGCUAUUUGACAUGAUCACCAACAAGCUCAAGACUCCGGGCGACUGGUCUCACAUCAAGCUCGCUACGGGCAUGUACUGCACGCUUCUCCUCCCCUCGGGACAAGUCGAGGCCCUCACUUCCAAACGCCAAGUCCACCUGCUUCCCGAAGGAUGCGUCGCGCUCGGCUGCCUCGAUGCACCCAAGAUCGAGGUCCUGUCCCGUGCGGUCGACUUUGUUGUCCGCGAAGGCAUCCGCGAGGCCGAGGAACAGCAGGCCGAGGAGAUGGCCAUGCAGCUCGCCAUCGCUGCUGCCAAGGAACAGGAGGCGCGCCAGGAAGCCGAGGCUCGCGCCGCUGCCGAGGAGGCCGCGGCCGCAGCUGCCCAGGCCGAGGACACGCUGCUCAUGGAGGCAUCUAUCCAGAGUGCCAUGGAGGCACAGCGGGUCGCCGAGGAAGAGGAGCGGCGGCGCGAGGACGAGGCGCUCUUGCUGGAAGAGCAGGUGCGCAAGGCUGCCGAGCGUGCCGAGAUUGCGCGCCAGGCCGAUCUCAUUCUGGCGAGCAUUGGAUGA